GAAAAAGGAAAUCGAAGACUCAUGGCAACUUGAAGUGAAUUCACUAUUUCUAUUAUAUUUAUACUCAAGCCUCUCACAGGAUAUAUAAAUAAAGUAUGUCACAUUUGUGGCUUAUCUCCAGGAUUAUGAGCUGUUCUAGAUUUUAUUCUGUGAAGAAGUGUAUGUUUCUGCAUUCUCUCAGAAUUCCCUCUUUGGUUCCUUGUGAAGGCCAUUGGUAUUCUUUGAUUUAUCUAUCAGCAAAAAAUGUGAAGUCCUUUUGUUUCAAACAGUUACUUACUACUGUAAAUAAAUUACCAACCAAGAAAUUUAGAAAGCUGGUAACUUCACCACUACUAAACUAUGGCAGUAUUUUCUUUACUGGAGCAGUUUUAGUUCAUAGCAGGAAAAAUAUUACUUACGUCUAUUGUGAAUCUCUACAAAAGCCAAAACGUAGACAAGGGAAACAGAAGUAUAAUGAAAUGUUUGACCAGAAGGAAUCAGAGCCACAAUUUGAUUGGCAAAUGUUUUUUCAUUUCUUAAAACCAGAGAUGUGGUUCAUUAUUGUAGCAGUUGUGAGUGCCUUUGUUGUAGCCUUGUUGAACACCAAGAUUCCUUCCUUACUAGGUGAUGUUAUAAAUGUUGUAUCCAGGUUUACAAGGAAUGGUGGUUCCCUUGAUGAUAAAACAGAUUUUUUACAAACAGUCAAAGGACCUGCUGUACAUUUAGUUUAUUUAUAUUUAGUCCAGAGUAUCUUUACCUUUGUGUACAUUUCCACUCUGUCCUGUGCAGGAGAGAGAUUAGCCUGUCGCAUUCGACAAGAAUUGUUUGCUUCCAUACUGAGGCAAGAUGUUACAUUUUUUGAUGCCCACAGAACAGGAGAAAUUGUUAGCAGAUUGACCAUUGAUGUACAAGAUUUUAAAAGUUCUUUCAAAAUGUGUAUAUCUCAGGGUUUCCGGAGCUUUACCCAGACAGCUGGUUGUGUUAUUUCUCUGUAUCUGAUAUCACCAAAGAUGACAGCCAUUAUGCUGGUGGCUGUACCUGCUAUUAUACUAACAGGGACCACACUUGGAGCUAUUCUAAGAAAGGUUUCAAAACUAGCUCAAGAACAGGGGUCCUAUGCUGCAGCAGUAGCUGAUGAAGCUGUAGGGAAUAUCAGAACUGUGAGAGCUUUUGCCAUGGAGUACAAAGAAGAAGAGUUAUACAACCAUGAAACUGAGGAAGUCAGAAAGCUCAAUACAUCUUUAGGGAUAGGAAUUGGGGCCUUUCAAGGACUAACAAACUUGGCACUAAAUGGAAUAGUUUUAGGUGUGAUGUACAUAGGAGGGUCCCUUAUGUCUUCAAAUGAGUUAUCUCCUGGAAGUCUUAUGUCCUUUCUGGUAGCUACCCAAACUAUACAAAGCCAGUGUUCUUCUUUUAGAACCUGCAAAUUGUCGAAAAUGAAGAUUGAGCGGAAAUAGCAGAGGGAGCUAACUUUGCCAUUAUAGGUGGAGCAAUACUACG